AUGAGGGUCUGGUGCGGCGAGGCGGAGAAGUGGUCAGAGCGGGCGAAGAUGAGCUACUUCUACUACCACGUCAAGGCGGAGCAGCCGCUCAAGAAGCGGAUCGCCACGCUGCGCGAGUGGGCGCGCGACGGCGGCGUCGCCGUCAUCGGGUACGAGGCGCUGCUCGCGCUCGUCAAGGGCAAGGCGCGCGAGCAGGCGGUGCCGCUGCUGCAGCAGCCGGGCCCCGAUCUGAUCGUGCUCGACGAGGGCCACCGCAUCAAGAACAUGCAGAGCAAGCAGCACGCUGCGCUCGCGGCGGUGCGCACCCGCCGCCGCGUCAUCCUCACGGGCACGCCGCUGCAGAACAACCUGAACGAGUACCACGCGAUGGUCGACUUCGUGCGGCCCGCGCUGCUCGGCACGGUGCCCGAGUUCCGCAACCGCUUCGUCGCGCCGAUCACCAACGGCAACACGCUCGUGCUUCGCGGCGCAGGCUCCUGA